UCACUCCGUCGCAUCAUCCGCAUCUCCGCUCUGUUGUCACUUUUCAUAUUCGUGCUAUACAUCCUACGCAACCACUUCCGUGCACAACCACCCAGCUCACUUUCAGACUCUACCGACACCGCGAACGACGACGAGAAAGCUAAUGAAGCCCAUGACGACCCAGUAUCCCCGGUCUAUUCUCCGACCAACCCAACAGAACUCCACAUCCACGACCCCAGCAUCAUUAUCACUUAUUCUCACCCCGAACCCCAGCCAGAUCAAAACUCCAACCCCAAGCCAAACGCAGCCCACGAGGCCCGCACAGCACGUCCCGUGAAGACAUACUACGCCUACGGCUCCGGCCCGCACAUCCCCAUUCACACCGCGCCGGCCCUCUCCGGCCCCUGGACCAAGAUCGGCACCGUCCUAACCACAGACAGCGUCCUCCCCAUCGGCGACCGAAAAGCGCCCUGGGCGCCCACGGUCGUCGCCCACAAUGGCACGUACUACUGCUACUACGCAACAAGCCACAGCGGCUGCCGCCGCAGUGCAAUCGGCGUAGCUACCUCGUCGGACCCGGGACCCGGGGGAUGGGUGGAUCACGGAGUCAUCAUCCGGUCCGGCAUAGGGACAGGGUCGGGAUUGUACCCGAUGGAUCGCGCGAAUGCGAUCGACGUGAGUGUUAUAAUCACUUCUCUCCCACCGGAAGAGGAGGAAACUCAAAAAGAAGAAGAAGAAAAACCAACGGAGGAAAAAGGCUACCUGACCUUCGGCUCCUUCUGGACAGGGAUCUGGCAGAUUCCGCUCGCCCCCGACCUUCUGGUGAGUGACUACACGGGCAACCGCGAGGUGCGGCACCUCGCCCACGAGCCGCGGGCGGUGCACCCGCCCAAACCCAAGUCCAAUGGGAUCUGCGGCGACCCCACGGGGAUGCAUCCCGUCGAGGGCCCGUUUAUCUCCUACCGCGCGCCGUGGUUUUAUCUGUGGUUUAGUUGGGGCAAGUGCUGUGGGUUUAAGCCGGAGCGGUUGCCGAGGAAGGGGAUGGAGUAUGUUAUCCGGGUCGGCCGCUCGAGGAGUCCCCGCGGCCCGUUCGUGGAUAAGCAAGGCCGGGGCCUGGUGGAGGGCGGCGGGGAGGUUGUGUAUGGGUCGAAUGGGGAGGUGUAUGCGCCUGGGGGCCAGGGGGUCCUGGUUCAUCGUCGAUACGAUGAUGUUCUCGGGGUGGAGGUGGAGGAGGAUGUGCUUUAUUAUCAUUAUCUGAAUACCUCGGUGGGGUAUGAGUUUCAUGAAGCGCGACUGGGUUAUAAUGUCCUGGAUUAUGUGGAUGGCUGGCCGGUUCCG